UCCCAUUUUCACUGUAAUUAUCAUUAUCUCUAAAAUUUCCCUGACAGAUCUUCUUUUUCUCCCGCAGAGACGGAACAUUUUUUUUUCUGUUUAGGGACUGGGCUGGACUGCUUGAUCAAAUCAACCAAAACACUUCAUCAACACCACAAGCUCAUUUUAAGCUGUAUUCUUAAGUGGAUCAUCGUGUCAUUUUAUAGAGUUAAGUACAGAAGUGUGCUGUUUUAAACAAGUCUUCUCCUUCAUUCCUUCCAUUGAUUGGAAGCAACCACUAAGAUCAUCACAUAGCUCUUUUUUUUAACUUACAAAUUCCUUAAACUCAAUUGGAUCUAAACGUGGUAUUAGUAAUUGAUAGUUUACCAUGAGUAAAUAUUCAGAUCAGACCCCUCAACGAGGUGGAAUACCAGCCAUCACAGGUGAAAUCGAUUAUUCAAAAGCAGUACAUAUCUUUCCCGAUCAAUUGAGACCUUAUCGGGGUAGUAUUUUAGCAUACUCCGCUUCAUUUUUAUCAACUUUCAUAGGAUUCCCCUUGGACACCGUCAAAACUAGAAUGCAAACUCAUAAACAUUUCACAAGUUAUUUCGAUUGUGUUAAGAAAUCGUAUAUGCAAGAAGGAGUUAAAGGAUUCUUUAGAGGUAUAUGGGCUCCAUUGGUAUCUACAUCAUUCUCGAAAUCUCUUAGUGUGUCAUUAUUCACCGCCGUGAAACCUUUCACUUAUGAUACUUUAUAUCAAGGUGAUACUCCUGCACUACAUCCAUUUUUAAGAAACAUACCCGUAUGUUUUAUUUCAGGAACUAUAGCAGGUGGUGGGGUUUCAUUAUUUGCAUGUCCGUUUGAAUUUACUAAAAUUUAUGCUCAAUUAGAAAGAUUGGUUCAUAAUAAAUCAAUAACUCAACUUCCAGGUAAUCUUCAGGCUAGUCAUCAAGAAUUAGUCAAUAACUCAACAGUAACUAUCGUAAGACAGAUCAUUAAACAUGAAGGAGUGGCCGGUUUAUACUCCGGUUUCAAAUAUCAUUUUCUCCGAGAUUCCUUAUCUUCAGGGUUUUACUAUUCAAUUUACGAAUCUUUGAAAUGGGCCAUGAAUAACAUUAUAAACUCGGACCCCAAACAAUCAUCACCGAUUUCAAUUCUACUCGCCGGUGGUCUCUCUGGAGUGCUUUCGUGGGUUUUCAUCUUCCCGGUCGAUACUACAAAAUCAUUAAUUCAAAAAGAUGUAGUCACAAAUAUUUUACGCCGGGAACAAGGUUUACCCGAAUUACCUCCAAAAAAGAGAAAAUUACAAAAAAUCGAAAGAAGAUUGUAUAGAGGCCUUGGUAUAUCAGUUUCACGUUCAUUUCUUGUUAAUAUGGUAUUCUUUAGUACGUUUGAGGUUUCAAUGGCAUAUCUUGCAUAAAAGAGAUAGAGAGAUAUUCUUAAUUUUUAAUUUUGGCAUUUUGCAUAUAUUUUUACAUA